UAAAACAUCUGCGAUAAGUAACACAUGUUUUGAUCAAGUUUUUAUUGUUGCUGAUUUUUAAAAUAACGAAAGAACUACGGGUUUUUGGUAGAAUAAUUAUUUUAUAUUAUCUAAUUUGUAUAAUAUUUGAUAUCUUACUAUGUCGAGGUAGAGUUAACCCUAUAAUAUACUUCUAUAAUUCUAUAUUUUUUCUUGAAAAAGAAAAUUAUUAGAUGUAUAUUCUUUUAUAUAAAUUUAUUUAUUUAGUAUGCCAUUAUUAGAUUGUUUAGAAAAUUUAGAAAAUAGUGAUGAAAUCAUUGAUGAUAAAGCUGCCCUAGAUUCAACUGAAAUAUCUCUAUCUUCAAAACCACGACAUUUAUGCAAGAAAUCUAUUAAUACUGGGCCAAAGGGCGUCAUUCAUGAUGCUAAUGUAUCCAGAAUGUCUAAAAUAACCGAUGAAUUAGAAGAAAGUACGGGAUUUCUAAUAAGAUCAAUAAAACUUAAACCUAGGAAUGUUUUAGAAAAAGAAGUAUUAUUUAAACAACUAUUUAUAGGAAGCCGAACAAAUAUUGGAAAUUACAGAUUAGAUAAUGAACAAAAUGAAGAUUUUUUAUCUAAAAAAUCAAAUUUAAAAAAAGUAGUAGAAUUGGAUUGUAUGAGUUUUUUAAAAAUAAUAGAAAAUUGUAACAAAGUUCUUAUUUUGAUAUAUGAUGAAACUCAAGAAAGUACAAUUAUUAAAGAUUGUUUUUCUGAUAUAGCGACUCGUUAUAUAUCUAUAGAAUUCGGGAAAAUAUUUCAUGAAAAAAUAGAAAUGGACUCAGCAGCUGUACCUGCGAUUUUAGGAUAUCAAGAUGGUGAACUUGUUAUAAAUAUGAUAAGGGUUAUAGAUGAAAUUUGUCCAGGUAAAAAUAUCGUAGCAGAUGAUCUAGAACAUAUUUUAAUAAGAAAUUCUUCUUUUUUUGUCUAAUGGCUUACUUUCAAAAGAUAUUAUUAAAAAUAUUAGAUUAUAAAAAGUGUUUAAAAAUCAUUCCAAAAAGAAUACUUUUGAAUAAUUUAUAGAUAUAAUGUUCAAUAGAAAAUUAUCUAAACC